GGGCUUGCAUGUCUGUGUAAGAGCAGGAGCUGCAGUGAGGAGUGCUGAAGCUGUGCACUCCUUCUGGGCGAACUGACAAGAUUAUAGCCUGGAUGUGCCAUUUUUUCAAGGAGAUUGUGGGGGAAAGAAUUGGGAAUUUUCAUACCAGGAGCGGUUUCUAAAGCACUCUGCAUGCUCCACUGCAUACUUACUGUCAAGGUUGUUACAGGUGUCCUGCUAAUUAAGAAGUAUUCUGCAAACUCAAUACUACCUCAUGUGAAAUGCUGUUGCUGCAAGCCAUGGAUAAUCUACUUAAACACAGAACCUUAUGCCUAAACAGAAAUUGCAGUUUAACUGCACUUUAGAGAAACAAAAGUUUAACAAAUCGGUGGGGAAAAAAAAAUCAAUGAAAAUUAAGAGCCCAGCAGCUGUUCCAGUACUUAUUGGGGUCCAGCAAUGCCUAACAGACCACAUCCCUGCUGGAUCUUUUGCACAAAUAACCAUCAAUGACUAAGAUCCUCUAUGAAAUUUUGUAUCAUAUUGUACCUCUGAAAAUGCAAUAUUUUAGCUUUCUGUUACCAUAAGCAACAGCAAAAUCAAAUCCACUUUGCGGAACUGUACAUUCAAAAGCAAUGUGCUCUGUCAUGGAUGAUGAACAUAAAGAUUCAAUUGUUACAUGCUGGAAGACGGUCCUAUAUAAUGUUCUCAUUGGUGUUGUGCUUGUACUUAUCAUUGUCAUUACUGUAUGUGGCAAUGUAGUGGUAUGCCUGGCUGUGGGAUUUGAUCGGAGGCUCCGUAGUAUGACAAAUUGCUUUAUUGUGUCAUUGGCUAUAACGGAUCUUCUACUGGGUAUUUUGGUGCUACCUUUUUCAGCCUUGAACUUGUUACAUGAAGAAUGGCCCUUUGGAUCUACCUUCUGCAACAUUUAUACCAGCCUGGAUGUUAUGUUGUGUACAGCCUCUAUUCUAAAUCUUUUCAUGAUCAGCUUGGACCGCUACUAUGGUGUUACCGCUCCUCUGCGCUACUCCAUGCUUGUGACUCCUUGUCGCGUGGCCAUAGCUAUGGGUGUGAUAUGGGUGGUAUCUCUUAUGGUCUCCUUCCUUCCUAUCCACCUUGGCUGGAAUACAAAAGAUAAAACUAUUCAGAACUCUAGGGGAGAUGAUAACAAAGAAUGUAAGUUGGAGCUGAACAAAGAGUAUGUAUUAGUUGAUGGCUUACUAACAUUCUAUCUUCCCUUGGUCAUAAUGUGUCUCAUGUACUACAGAAUCUUCAAGAUUGCCAGGGAGCAAGCCAAGAGAAUUAACCAUGCCAGCUGUUGCAAUGCUGUGAGUCCCACAUUGCCCACAGUUCGUGAACAUAAAGCUACUGUGACUUUGGCAGCUGUAAUGGGGGCAUUUAUCAUUUGUUGGUUCCCUUAUUUCACUGUAUUUACAUACGAAGGAGUGAAUGAUAUUGAAGUGGAUGAGACCGCCUUCUUAAUAGUUCUGUGGCUGGGCUAUGCCAAUUCUGCUCUCAACCCAAUUUUGUAUGCUGCUUUAAAUAGGGAUUUCCGUACAGCCUACCAACGCCUACUACACUGUAGGCGUGUGGGUCCCCUUAGCCAUGAAACCCCCCUAACUCUACUUCACAUUCGUCGUCCUGGAGACAGAACUCUGCAAGAAAUGCAAAAUAUUCAUGAGGACAAACCACACAAUCUGCAAGAGAAAAAUGGAAAAGAAAGUAGUCCUUUCAUCAAAAAUAUAUCAGACAGGAAUCAACCCAGUUGGCGCAGCGAAUGUUUGGAUUACAUGACCUGCAGAACACGGCAAUGGCUUUUUAAAUAUCUCCCAAAACAAAGCACAUGGACCUCGGUGCUAAAUGAAACUGUGGCUGAAGCUUCAAAUGGUGCACAAGUACUGUGGCCUCUGACCUCGCUGCCAUCACAGCUUCAGGAUACAGUAAUAAAGUAAACCAAUUACAGGACUCAUGUUUGCUCUUGUUGGGCUUAGGAAACCUUAUGGACUUGGAUCCAGGUCAGAGACUUCAUGUACAGAAAAUCUGACACAUAUUGAAUAGAAAUAAGUCUAGGCCAACGAAAUAUACAAACUGAAAAACAUACAAAUCAACUAAGAUGUUGAGAGAGAAUAAGCACUAGAGACAUUAAUAAGAUACUUUGUUCUGUCAAAUACUUUUACACAUCGUGACUGGAAUCAACUGUCCCAUAUGUUAUAAGACAAAUGUCUUCAUUCCAAAGCAUCGCAAAACCAGCAUCAACUGUCAGUGACUUGAAUGUCAUAUAUCUGUGGGUGUGAUAAAAUAUGUCAGCACUUUGAAUUCUGGCCAAAGCUGUCAUCAUGCAUACAAUAAUGUCUUCAUGUUUAGCUAUGUCACUUUCUGGUUUACCAUUUAAGGAUUCAUAUCCUCAAAAUGCUUUACUUACAGACCACUGAAAAUCUGUAUAAUGUUCACUUUACAGUAUUUUUAAUGACAUAAAAAUAUACAUGUCACCACAAAGUUUAACUCCUUUAUUUCCAUACAAGCACUGUCUGCAUAUCAGAGGCCGAACUCUGGGAGGCAACGGAGUCAUCUGCCGCCGGGCUCCUGCUCUGAAGGGGGGCACCUCUCCUCCUAUUCUGUGACACCAUUGAAUUAAGUUAAUUGAUAGCUGCCGCUGUCUUUUCAGUGGCCAACUUCCUCACUGGUCCCUGCACCUUACAAAUCACACCCACUUUAUUAUACUGAAUAUA